UGACUGACAAUGAGACAAAAAAACCGAAAUAUUUGUAAACAAAAAUAUUAGCCGUUGGCCAGCUCAAGUCAGUGUUUUUGCGUGACCGAGAAUUGCAUAAAAUUAAGUGAAUUUGCUAAUUUUAAUCAACUAUUGAAGUAGAUUGUGCGUAGACAAAUUUAAUAGUUAGUUAAGUAUAUAUCUAUAGUUUAUAACCACCACCAUCGAUUCAUGAUUGAACGACAUUGAUAUUGAAUAAGCUAAACCCAACCAUGGAUGAGGAAAACACCGUUCUGCUGGAGCGUGCCAUCGGUCUUAUUAAGUGCUGCAAACUCCCCCGCCUGACGCGAAACAUCGAUGAAGCCCAGCUGAAGCCGGAAACGUUCCGUGACUUCUUGGUCAUCCUCGACGAAACACUGCCGCAGCUGUUCGACUUGUUGGCCCAAUACGAGACCGAGCUGGUCGGCUUCGAUGAGUUCAAUCGCGGCAAUUUGGAAUUUCAAGUCAAUCUGGCUUUGAUGGUGGCGGAACAGUUGUAUGUGCCAGGGGAGCUGUAUGAGUUUCAAACUGAGAAUGUGACCUACCGGAAGCGCUUGUCGGACAUACACAAAAAGGGUCUAUUGGAAAGGAUUUUGACUGGGAUGGGCAGUGAGAGAACACUGAAGCUGAUUUGGGAACACUAUCAAAAGGUUCUGAAAGGAAAGGAAUGGAUGUAUCAUCCGGGGGACGUGGUGGGACUUGUUAGAAUUUGUGAGUUCCUGUAUGUGAAGAACCAGAGCGAAUUGACGCAAACGUUGGCGUCGUUUGUCCUCUCCGUAGGAAUAUCCCUGGUUGAAUUCCAUGACCCUGAGUACGAGACAGUUGGGUUGAGAUUGUUCAACGUUCUGCUAAGCGAUCGCCAUCGAUCGUUGAUCAAAAAGAGCAAUAUUCACGAAGUUGUGUUCCAAAAUGCAUUUCGACUGAGUGGCAAGGCCAAAAAUGAACGAUUUCUUAGGGAACUUUGGAGCUGUCUAUAUCGAUUCGUUGAAAUGUCCUUUCAGGAUCAGACCGAUUUCAGUGAGUGGUCUAAGCUGGACGACAUAGUUGAAGCAUUGUUAGAAGCGUUGACUUUCGAAUCGAAUCUUGUACUGUCAUCCGUACUUAUAGUCCACCUGCUGAAAAUUCUUUCACUGGAUUUGACGAAUUUUGUUAUCGACGAUUUGGACGACGUUAAAGCAGUAGAUACUAAAAGCCAUCAUGUAACGGUGCUGGAGCAGCUACGGGAGGGUGCGUUAUUGUUCCAUAAUCGUCGAUUUUAUCGGUGGCACAAGCGAUUGGUAGCGAUGAUUCCGUUUGAGUUCGAGAAGGCUUGCGGGGCGGGUCGCGAAUGCAGCAAGUAUAUGCAUGGCGUUCACCUUCUCUUCGUACUUACCGUUUUUCCUGUGGAACCGCAAGCAAUUGGAUUUGUUCCAUUAAUUCAGUCGUCUCUGCUCGACUUCAUGAUCUUGUUCAAACGACAUAUGCGAGAUCAAUGCAAUCGAUUAGAAUCGCUCACAAGUGAAACUGAUUCAAUAUAUUCGAUGAAGGCGUCAGAAUCAUUCGACAGAACGGUUGCCGUUUUCUGUAGAAGUGUGGCACAAAACUAUUUCCCAAAAGACCGAACAAACUUCUGGAGCGUGUUGGAGGCUGAAGUUGAUGGAUCGAGUGUAAUAAUAAAUCAGGAGGAUCGAUGUUCUUAACGUUGACCACUGUGGGAAAUCCGUAAAGGUAGUGGAAUAAAAUAAUGAAUAAG